CGAAUACCGCUCCCUACCUCCUUGUGCAUCCCUCUCCUCGCCGGAUUACCGAAUAUGACCCAAUGUCUGCGUGCGUAUAAAAAAAGGAAAAGCUAGGAGAGCCACUCCCAUCGAGGAGGGGAGUCUCCUGCACGUACAGCGACUCCAGAGCACAUCCAGCAGACACACUCAGGGCGUGUUGCUAUACUCUUCUUUGAAGUGGGAGGAUGGCGACCCUUGUGCAAUCCGCAGAUCUUGAACAGUUAGAGACAGAUCGCAACGUGAUGGCGUCGCCCACGUCCACCAGCCUUUCGCAGCACUUCGUCGACAGCAAAUUCUACCUGCUGGUGGUCAUCGGGGAGAUCGUCACGGAGAAUCAUUUGAAGUGCGCGAUUGCGGACAUCGAGAAAGGGAUCCGGUCCUGGGACACCAACCUGGUGAGCUGCAACCUGGACCAGGAGCUGAAGCUGUUUGUGUCGCGCCACUCGGCCCGCUUCUCCUCUGAUGUCAAAGGCCAGAGGAUUCUUCACCACAAAAGCAAUAUCCUGGAGACAGUGGUGCUCAUCAACCCGUCGGAUGAUGCAGUCAGCACGGAGGUACGUCUGAUGAUCUCAGACACUGCCAGACACAAGCUGAUUGUCCUGUCGGGUCAGUGCUAUGAGAACACUGGCGAGCUCAUUCUGCAGUCUGGAUCCUUCUCCUUCUUUAACUUCAUCGACAUUUUCACUGAUCAAGAGAUCGGUGAGUUGCUCACCACCAUUCACCCAGCCAACAAAGCCAACCUCACCCUGUCCUGCCCUGAGCACGGGGACUGGCAGAACUCUAAUUUGGACAAACACAACCUGCAGGACUUCAUAAACAUGAAGCUCAACUCUGCUCUCAUACUCCCGGAGAUGGAGGGCCUUUCCGAGUUCACGGAAUACCUAUCCGAGUCGGUGGAGAUCCCGUCUCCCUUUGACAUGCUGGAGCCGCCCACCUCAGGGGGGUUCCUCAAGCUCUCCAAGCCUUGCUGCUACAUCUUCCCCGGCGGACGCGGUGACUCGGCGCUCUUUGCCGUCAAUGGCUUCAACAUGCUGAUUAACGGCGGCUCGGGGAGGAAGUCGUGCUUCUGGAAGCUGGUGAGGCACCUGGACAGGGUGGACUCAAUCCUCCUGACACACAUCGGGGACGAUAACCUGCCCGGCAUCAACAGCAUGCUGCAGAGGAAGGUGGCCGAGAUGGAGGAGGAGCAGUCCCAGGGCUCGGCGGCCAACAGUGACUGGGCCAAGAACAGGAUCUCACCAGACAUCGGUGUUGUGUUCGUAAAUCUUCCCGAAACUUUGGAAAACCCAGAGCCUAAUUAUAGGGUGCGUAGGAACAUGGAGGAGGCAGCAAACAUUCAGCAGUUCCUCACCAAGCUCAACUUGAAAACAGAGUCUCUGCAUAGGCCUGUCGGGAACACCAUAGAACCAAUUGUUCUUUUUCAGAAAAUGGGUGUUGGGAUGCUUGAGAUGUAUGUAAUUAAUCCAUCCAAGAAUAGCAAGGAGCUGCAGCACUUCAUGAAACAAUGGACCGGGAGUGAGAAAGACAAAGUCUCAAUAAUGUUACCCAAUGGAAAAGAAUCAGAGUUUCCGGUAUCUUCACUGACGUCCAUUUCAUCGUUGAUCGUGUGGCAUCCCGCCAACCCUUCAGAGAAGAUAGUGCGUGUCCUCUUUCCUGGAAAUGCCACUCAGCAUCACAUCCUGGAAGGGCUAGAGAAGCUAAAGCACUUGGACUUCUUGAAGCAACCAGUUGUUACCCAGAAAGCCAUAAGUGCCAACACAGCAGCCGCUGCAGCGGAGGCUAAGCCCAAGCAGGCGAAGCUAAAGCACAGAACUGACAGCAGAGAGAGCCUCAAAUCCACCCCCAGGCCUUCACCGAGCAGGGCCAUCAGGAAGGAGUCCAAAGAAGAAGUUCCUGAAAAGGAAAAGACAGAUGCAGAAUCUCUUCAGGAAAAAACACAAAAGAAGGCCCCAAUGCGCAAGGUACCUGAAAAAGAGGUGAAACCGAAGGCAGAGCAGGCGGCUGCACAUGAGACUCAAGAGAAAAACAAGCUCAAGACUCAAAAAGAAAGGAUUGUGAAGAAGGAACCUAAAAAGUUGGUCGAGAAGAAACAUGAGGAGGUGAAGAAGGAGGCAACGAAGAAAGAAGAAAAGCUUACCCCCAAAAGGGAAACCAGAAAGGAGGUGAAAAAGGAGGAGGUAAAGAAAGAGCUCAAAAGAGAUUUCAGGAGAGAGUCUCCUAUGAAAGACAGGAAGGAGAUGAAGAAAGAGCUAAACAAAGAUGAAUCAAGGAAGGAUAUGAAGAGGUCAUCCAAAGAUGUGAAAAAGGUGCCAGCUGCAAUUGAGGCAAAGAAACUGACCAAACCAAAGGCUUUAGUAAAAGCUGAAUCUUCCAAAAAAGAUGCUGGAAGUUCUUUAAAACAAAAGGAAAAGGAAAAGGUAAAGGUGACAAAGAAAGAUAUAACAGUGGAGGAAGCUAAACCUGUAUGUGCAGUCAAUGCUGUUGCAAAGAACAUGGAGAAAGUGAGGUCCUUGAUGUCUUCUCCAGAAGACCUGACUAAGGACUUUGAAGAGCUUAAAGCCGAAGAAUCAGCUGUAGUUGAGGGAGAGAUACAGCAAACCCAAGAGGAACCAGCUGUGUUGAUCCAGCAUGAAGAAUUGUUGCAGACCAAAGAGUCCUCUGAAGCCGCAGAGUCUAUCGAUGAAGGAAUUACAACAGAAGUUGAGGGGGAAAGUGGAGAGACUCCCGAUGAACCGGAACCCAAGGAAAAGAUUGAUGGGUGUGGAAGUGAGAAAUUUGAGGAUGAAGGCACUGGACUCGAAGAGACAUCUGACACGGUAGAUUAUAUCGAGAAGGGGGAAUCAGAUGAAGUUUACACACCACAAACCGUGGAAACAGAAAAAGAAACAGUUAUAAAUAAUAACAAUGAAAUACUUGGUGAAAAUGAGAACACAUCUGUAAAAGUUGGUGGCGAAACGUAUGAUGACAUUGAGGAUGAAACACUCAAACAAGAUAAGGUUCAGGGUGUAAAGGAAAUUGACACUGAGAAAGUCUGUUUGCUUGUAUCAGCCUCCCCCAAAGUCUCAUCACCGGUUUCUCCGGCAGCGUCGAUACAUGAUGAAACGUUUCCAGUGGCCUUUGAAGGCGAAACUGCUUCCGAUGACGAAAACAUAGAAGAAGCUCUGGAGGUAUCCUCCUCCGGCCACACUCAAUCCAUAAUGGACAUCUCCAGUGUCCCCACUCCAAUGGACGGGAUGUCCACACCUAGGGAUACCCCAAGCGAUGAAAAUGAUUCUCCUUCUCAGGACGCUGGCAGAAUUGCCGCGUCGACCUAUGGGGAGUUUGAAGUGAGACGUCUCUCCCCACUCCAGGAUUUGCCAGAAUCUGACCUCUCCAAGAGCGAGGCCACAGAGGGCAAAGACUACCCUCCAUCUGCCUGCACUGUAUCUCCUCCCUCACCCCUCGAAGCAGAUAGAUUCUGCAGAGAGUUCCCAUCUGAUGAUGCCGUAGAGGCCCAGGUGUCAGAUAAGGUGCCAUGUGAUAAAGAAGACCUAGACUCAACCAGAUUGAAUUCUGUUUCCUCAACCUCACCACUUAUACAUUCUCCUUCUAUGGAGAAGAAGAUGAAUUUCGAAGCUCCCUUGCUCUUUGCCUCACCUAUUGAAUUGUGCACCACUAUGACCGGAUCACCAAAGGGGGUAGCUGAGUCUUUGAUCAGCCCAGAUGAUAAGACAUUAGAGGACACAAAUUCACCUCAAUCCUCGGGUCACACACCUUACUAUCAGUCUCCAGUAGACGAAAAGUCUAAAAUGAUAGCAUCUGAGGACAAUGCUGAGGGACCCACAAUUGUUGAGGUUACCAGUGACAGAGAGGACUCGUCUAAAAGUGCCAGCCCAGAGCCAAAGGAGGUUGAGCAUGGCAUAUCUUCACAUGCGGAGAAGGCAGUCUCCCCUCAGCAAAGCCCACUCACCCUUGGACACGAGUUUCCCACAAUGAAAGAAGAGUCAAUAAGUGACGCAGAGAAAAAUAAUGGAGAAGACAGUCAUGUGGCAGCAGCCCCUGUCAAACAUGAAUUCGACACCAACAUCACUUUCAAAGAGGAGAGCAAAAUGUCAAUAUCAGAGGGCACCACAUCAGACAAGUCAGGUACACCAAUAGAAGAGGCGGUAGCAGAUGACACCUUCUCCCAUCUGGCCUCAGCAUCCACUACUUCGUUGGCCACCUGCUCCUUCCCUGAGCCCACCACUGACUCCCCAUCGCUUCAUGCCGAGGUGGGCUCGCCUCAUUCCACAGAGGUGGAUUCGCUGUCUGUCUCUGUGGUACAGACGCCAACCCCCUUCCAUGAGGCGGAGGGCUCCCCUUCCAAGGAGGAGAGCCCCAGGCCAAUGUCCAUCUCCCCCGACAACUCGCCAAUGGCAAAGAUGAGGGCACAAGCGCAGGAGGCUAAAUCCCCUGAGCAGUCUACUACCUCCGUGGAGUUGGGGCAGGACUCCCCUGACCAUUCCUUAGCCUUGGACUUUAGUAAGCAGUCUCCAGAGCAUCCAUCGUUGGCGGGGAGCUCCCGUGCCACAGAGAAUGGCCCCACGGAGGUGGACUACAGCCCCUCAGAAGGAUUGGACCUGAGACCAGUGGGCGAGCACGAAUUCAAUGUGGAGACAACUGUUCUUUUCAAAGAGAUGGAUACAGUUCAUGUCAUUUCCGCGUCUCCAUCGGAUGUAUCUCAGUCUACUCCCUCUGUCACCACUCCAUGCCAAAUGAGAGAAAUGCCACCCAGCACGCUACUGCCAACAGACAAGUCUCCAGUAACCCAGAAGGUUGCUUCUCUCACCCAUUCUCCUCUUUCCACUGACUCAUCACCAUUGAUCGGAGGUCCACCAGGAAAAGAAGAUGACAGCCCAACAUCUCUUUCUGAGGAAGAAACUUCAAAUAAAUCCAAUAAAGACACAGAGCAGAGCUACGAGACACACACCUCUCCAAAAUCGAUUUCACCAUCAUUCCCACCUCCAUCAAUGUCCACACCACCUCCAUCAUCAUCCCCACCACCGCCACCAUCAUCUUUCUCACCUACACCACCAUCAGUAUCCCCUCUACCUCUAUCAGUAUCCCCACCACCACCAUCAUCAUCCCCACCACAAACACCAUCAUCAUUCUCACCAACACCACAGUCAUCACCACCACAACCCUCAUUGAAAUCCCCCCGAUCAUCCCCAACACCAUCAUCAUCUGCACCACCACCCUCUUUAUCACCCGCCCCAUCAAGCCCACCACCACCAUCAUCAUCCCCACCACCAUCAUCAUCUCCACCACUGCAGUCAUCAUCACCACCCAGAGAGGCGCUUUCUCCCAAGGAGACAAAUCCCUUUAAAUGUGACACGUCCACACCACCCUCAAAAUCCCCCAACAGCCCUAAAGUCCCCUUCCCAUCGUCCCUGCCUCUAUCCCCAAACUACAUGUGUGCCGGUGGUUCCCAGGAACCCAACCUUUCAAAGCAGAGCUCCUCUCCCCACUCCAAGACAGACGUGGACCUCUGCCUGGUCAGCUCCUGUGAGUACCGCCACCCUAAGACGGAGCUGUCACCGUCCUUCAUGAACCCCAACCCGCUAGAAUAUCUGAUGAGCGAGGAAAUGGCCCUGGAGGAAGGGAAACUUCUGACCAAGUCAGGCGGAGGCCCCCCGCCCCCGGGCGGAAAGCUCCAAGCCAAGCAGUGUGAGGAGACCCCGCCGACCUCCAUCAGUGAGUCCGCUCCGUCCCAGACCGACUCGGACGUCCCCCCGGGGACCGAGGACUGCCCUUCAAUCACUGCCGACGCCAACAUCGACUCUGAGGACGACUCUGAGACGCUGCCCACCGACCGGACCCUGACCUACCGCCACGCCGACCCACCUCCACCGGCGGCGAAGGACCCGGCCCCGUCUUCGGCCCCCCCUGACGUCUGCAUGGUGGACCCCGAGGCCCUCAAGGCUGAGGAGCGCCAGGAGGAGGCGGCCGCGGAGAAGACCAAGAAGAAGAAGCUCACUAAAACCAGCGGCUCGCCAGCCAGGAAGAGCGCCCUGGCGAAGGCCAAAGAUACCAAGACGGCCUCACCAAAGAAGAUAGUGGGAGAAGGUAAAGAUGCAAAGAACGCGACCAACACCUCUGCAUCUAGGGGAGCGAAGAGUACUACAAGUACUGGGAACACCAAGGUCUCGAGUGGAGCGGCAGUGCCCAACUGUCCUCCCAUGUACAUGGAUCUGGUUUACAUCCCCAACCACUGCAGUGCUAAGAACGUGGACGCUGAGUUCUUCAAGCGGGUUCGUUCAUCCUACUACGUGGUCAGUGGCAACGACCAGCCGGCUCAGGAGCCCAACAAGACUGUUCUGGAUGCCUUGCUGGAGGGAAAGGCCCAGUGGGGAAACGAUAUGCAGGUGACCCUGAUCCCCACCCACGACUCGGACGUGAUGCGGGAGUGGUACCAGGAGACUCACGACAAGCAGCAGGAGCUCAACAUCAUGGUCCUGGCCAGCAGCAGCACCGUGGUCAUGCAGGACGAGUCUUUCCCCGCCUGUAAGAUAGAGUUAUAAGUAUGCACUGCGAGCAUGGCGACAGUUCACAACGGUCUGUGGAAUGUACGAAGGGAACGGAAUGCAUGAGACCCCUUUUCACAGUGGUGGUCCGGAGUAGGACAGACACGGGUGUAGCGAUUAACACUAAUUAUGGAUCUCCUCCAUUUAUCUAUCAACUCUCACACCAGAAUAGACAAAAACGAAUGAAGAUGACCACACUUUGGCCAGGCUGGCGCACUGAGACACAUAGAUCAAACAUACCUGAGGUUAAAGUGCCCCUCUUCCACCAACAGAUGGGAUGCAGAUUAUUUGUUACAAGCUUUUUAAAAAGGACCCUCUUGUGACAUCACAUGUGGGCGUGUCUACCCAGACAUCUGAUGGAUAGAUCAGCCUGGUGGUGAAAUGGGGGCCCUUUAAUAUGUAGGGGCUACAUCUGUGUUUACCCUGCUAGAAAAACCCACCCCCACACACACACUGUGAAAAUGGUCCAUUGUGACAGAUAAAGUAAUUGUGAUGUACUGAUGAUCCUGAGAGGGCUUAUUAUAUAUAACCUAUAUGCUUCAAGUGGUGAUCUUCUUUUGUGACCUAAACUAUAUCACUAUAGCUUUGUGAACACUCUACCAUACAAGCUCUCUGUGGUACGGAUGAUUCAGACGAGUUCAGCUGUGGGACAUUCACGCCUCAAAAGUAAAUCCAACAACAUCCUUAUUGUGUGUUUUAUUUAUUUAUUUAACAAGGUAGUUUUUACUGUUUCUUCUAUCUAUGCUCGUAUAUAUAAGGAAGCAUAUCCCCAACGAAAUAUCUUCUUCCACACUUUGGAUUACUGAAUUGCCAUGCGAAAAGCCAAGUUAAUGAUGUGUCUGCUGGAUAAUCCCUCCCACUAAGACUUAAGGGAUCAGGAGAAUUGCCUUAGAGAGUCAAACUGAAUGUACGGUUAUCAAUUAGUCGGAAGAAAGCUGCAGAAUAGUGGUGGUCAUCACUGUCGUGAUGAUCACCACCAACGCUAUUGACCCUGAGAAAUGAACUUGGCAUAAGGAUGACAAUGCUUCCUCUUUUAACGCUAGCAUUACCCUCCAUAGUUGGCAUUACGCCGAACUGAAUAUUUAUUAAAACCUUGGAGACGUUACCCUAUUCUUGAAUGAUGUUUCUGCUGGAUAAUCAUGCUGCUGGAUUGUAUUGACAGUGGAAUGCUUUCUUAGCUUUAGGAAUCUUUGUUUCCGGCAAAUUCUUGCGCUUUACAGAUUAGCAACAGUUUGGAGCUUUGUAGCAGAGGGCAUUCCCACCACUCUUCAGAAUUGGAGAAUUAUUUUUUCUCUUAAGCAUCACUGUUAUUUUAAAUUGUGUUGAUUGUUAAUUUAUUAAUAAUAACUUCUUUAAAUUGGUUGAAUUUGCGCCAGAUCAAACCUUCAAUCAUGUUAUUGUUGGUUUGUUUGUUGGUUAGCAUGUUGUGGUUUAUUUUUAGCUGUAGGAAAACCCUCGCCUUUUCUUUCUAGUUGCCAUGACAGGAUAUGUUUGUAUAUCUUGAAAUGUCUUGUUUUCUAAAGCUCUGUAGUAUAAUUAUAAAUAGCUGUGUGGACAGGGAAUGUUCUAAAGGGACGCACAUUAAUACUGAGAUGCACACGGCAGAUAGGUGUCCUCUGAGAGUAAAUCUGGUUAGAACUGGGAUAUGAAUGUCAUGGCUGCAGAGUUGGCUGUUAAGGAGAAGAUAGAUCGGGCAUCAAAUUAGCUUUUUGCAUUUGCUGCUUCCAGUGGUACUGUAUCAUUAUUAACGACUAUUUUAGAAUACUGCCGUUUUCUUGUAAAAUAAAUAAAUAACUAGCUUACCGCUGUAACAGCCCAGUUACAGAGAGGCAGCAAGAUAGACGCCUUGAAGGCUCAGCCCAACGGCAGGACGACCAUUUUUGCCUUUAAAGAUGAACGUGUGACAAUACUACCAGACACUUGAAUUGCUUACAUGACGCAAAACCAACCCAGGACAAUAUACAACAAACCACAGAUAGCUUUUGGCAGGCAAGUUAACCGAAGAAACUGUCAGCAAAUCACAGCUGGAAACAGACCCACUAUCCAUAAUCACAGGCUUGCUCGUCCAUCGUUGGCCAGGUAUGUAGUUAUGUAAAACAGACGACCACAACCCCUCAGAAAUCACAUUUUCUGCAGAUAAACCUCUAUCAAAUAGCAUGGCCAUAAUCAAACAACAGACUACAUUGUAUGAACCAAAUUCAUGUUUUCUCUCUUUCUCUCUGUUCUUUGUCUCUCUCAAUCCUUCCUCUUGAUCUCUGCAUCUUUCUCUGUGCUAUUGUUAAUGUUUGUCUGCAGCUGUAUGGUAUAAUUGUCUUGUGAUCUUGCAUUGACAUUUCCCUGUCCCUUUCCCAACUCAUAUUUAGCUGUAGCGAUUAGUUUUCAACAAACUCCUCCUCUGAUGUGUGUGUGUGUAUGUGUGUAUGUGUGUGUGUGUGUGUGUGUGUGUGUGUGUGUGUGUGUGUGUGUGUGUGUGUGUGCGCGUUGAAACACCUCUUCUAACCUCAUUGGAAAUGUGCUGUAAAGGGAACACUUCUUAAAAGAAAAAAUGAUCAAAAAAGUACCACAUUAAAAUUUGUUGCGUAAGAAAAUGUAAA